AUGGAGGCCGUCACCUUGUUGCUCGCUGCUCUACUCGCAGUAGUUGUGGUCCGAGCCCAAGAUGCGAGGCGAGGCACAGUGGGCUUCCAGCCUGGUGUCGUGAUGUCCAGGCCUACCCUUGAUGCAGGCCCAACUCAAAUAUCGAGCUUGGUACUGUGGGCGCCGAAAUGGGUCGGUCACGACACUUUGCAGCCGUUCCCUCAACCGAAGCCAGUGACACGGUUAGAUGUCGUGGCUAUCAAACUAAAACCCAAGCUUUUCAUUGUUCACGGAUGCCACCCGUACCCAGCAGUGAACGCAACGGGUCACACAAGUAAUGGUCUCAAGACUUCGGGUUAUGCUGAUGGCCAUUGCAAGGGAUCUGGGCAUGGGUCUCAAGUCUACGGGCGCGCAACUCGGUUCCGUAGCAAAUGGGCUAUUAUGUACGCAUGGUACUUUCCAAAAGAUGCGCCGGAUGAGGAGUCCGGCCAGCGACACGAUUGGGAGCAUGCCAUCGUGUGGAUCAACAACCCGAAAGUCAAACGCCCGGAGAUUCAGGCGGUGUCAGUGUCUUGCGGAAAAAAGUUUGGGUACUUGAAAAAAGUUGCACCUGGGCCUGAAGUUUUCGAUGGGACGCGAUUGAAAAUGAGCUAUGGAGCGGACCACAAGCAUGACCACCGACUCGGUUUAACAGCUGAGAAAGGGGAAGACCAGGACUUGAUCAUGUGGGAACAGCUCACGGAUGAAGCUCGCUGUGCUUUCGAUACUAUCCUCUGGACCAAUGUUAUGAUGCCUUUGAACGAUGCAUGGUACAAGCACGAGCUGAAAAGAGCUUGGCCUUUUGAACGAUAG